AUGAGACCAAGAAGAAAGAAACAGGAGAAUGUGGCAGCAGACUGCAUUGAUUCAGGGGAGGACCUCAAAGAUUUUGUUAUUGAACAUAUACCACCAAAAGAUAUUCCACAAGGUGAAGAGUUACUGUAUGAUUACGGCAUUAAGGAUUUGCCUUGGGAGACAAUCUGGACGAAAUGCUGGAGGUCCAGACUAAAGACAAUCUGGAGAACACGCUGGAGGCUCAGGACUACAGACAAUCUGGAGAACAUACUGGAGGCCCAGACUACAGACAAUCUGGACGAAAUGCUGGAGGCCCAGACUACAGAUAAUCUGGAGAACAUGCUGGAGGCCCAGACUACAGAUAAUCUGGGCAACAUGCUGGAGGCCCAGACUACAGAUAAUCUGGGCAACAUGCUGAAGACACAGAUUAUGACUGAGGAGCAGGUACACCCCAGCAAGAUACAGGACCAGAUCUCCGGUAAUAAUCUUUCCGGAAAUGACAAAGAAAUGCGUGCGCACAUCACCCACCUUUGCAGAUCAUUGACUUGA